CCACUUGCAAUGUUCAGUUCUUUUCCAUGUGGGUUCCUUUUGUUUCACGUGAAAGCUCAAAACUUGGAAGAGGCCUAUGAUUUUAAUAAAGAUUUGAAGUAGAUAUCUAUGAUCACCAUGGACUAUGAAAGCUGUUUUAUUUUAUGGAAUCCAUAGAUGGUAUCUUAUUCCAUUUUCACGGUUGCUUUAAAAUGAUAUUGAUUUGUUAUUGAUGAGAGACAUUUGAUAAUUUUAGUAUACAAUUAUUGAUUCCAAGGGCAAAAUGCUAGUAAUUUGAAGGGUUGAGAUUGAGUUAACGGGUCAGAGGAGAGAGGAUUAGGGUUUCCUUGUUUUUGGUAUAAAUAGGGGUUUUGACUUUAGUUUUGGGUGGGAGCUCUCUGGUUUUGAAAAUAUUGGGGAUUCGUUUUCCGUGAGGGCUUCCUGGUGGUUCUCUUGGUGGAAAAGAUUGCAAUUCAAAGGCCUGGUUUUUUUCUUUUUGUUUAGUGUGGGGAGCUGCCAUUGUGAGCUGAGAAAAGGGUGAAAUAAAUAAAGAGAAAGGCAAGGAGUCUAUACCCUAUAGGGGCUGUUUGUCUUGAGUUUUCUCCUUGAAGUUAUAAUUCCUACCCUGCUUUGCUUAGUUCUUGAGCUUGCAUGUCAUGUACUUUGAUAUAAAAGUUUGGUGGUAUAUUCAUGUUUUGCUGGGUUUGGCUCUGUGGAUUUGGAUUGAUUGGAAUGCUCAUAAUACCUGCUGAGCCCUGUAUGGAGGUUGAAACCAAGUUUUGAUUAAUCUUGCAUAAUCAAUGGGUGAUAAGCACCUUUUUUUAGAGGCAUGGGUUUUGCUAGUCCCCUGUAAAUCUGCAGGGAACAACUGACUAAGUUUCCUGUCAACUCAGCAGAGAUGAGAAAAGAAUCUAUGAUUUUGAAAGGAAACAGUUUGAGUCUUUUGAAUGAAUUUGAGCUCAUUCUGGAGUCUGAUCCUCUCAUUGAUGAAGUAGGAUUUAUUCACCCAUCCCAAUUUGUCACAUUAAAUAAAGAAGCGAGCAGCUCCUUGGAACAUGAAGAUGCAAAUUUUUGGAGCAGGGAUCAUAAGCUUGCAAUUUCGACAGAUGUUCUCCUUCCUUUGUAUAAGGCGGUCAAAGAUGUGUUUAUGCAUGCAAUUAGCCAAUAUAAGAGGCAUGAGAAUCUAUCUGAUGCAUCUUGGGAUGAGGGUAAUCUUGAAAGUGAGGUCAUGAAGCACAGCAAGGCGCUUUUAUUGUUAAGCUGUGACUUUGGGACUGCAUGGAAUUUCAGGAAGUUAAUUGUGUCAAAGAAGCAGCAUAUGUUGAUAUUUUUGGAUGAACUUUUCUUGUCGGCCCUAGUCCUUUCAUACUCUCCCAAAAGUGAAAAGGCAUGGUGCCACAGGCGGUGGGUGAUCAAGAUGGUUGCUGGAAAAUGUUCAACUAUGCAAGAUAUUGUAGGGAAAGAAUCUGAGCUAGUGGAGAAAAUAGCUGAGAGAUCAAAAAUGAAUUAUCGUGCAUGGAAUCAUCGUUGCUGGUUAGUUUCAUACAUGACAACAGAACAGGUGCUGCAUGAGUUGAAGAAAUCCAGAAACUGGGCUGGAUUACAUGUUGCUGAUAAUUCUUGCUUUCAUUAUCGCACUCGGCUGAUGCUCAGGAUCAGGGAGGAUCACUGCCAUAAACUAGAAGAUGGAACAUCUGAUGGAAAUGAUGAAAUUUAUCGAAUCUGGCAGGAGGAGCUUGAUUGGAAUGAAGCAUUGAUUAAGUGUUAUGUAGGAAGAGAGGCUUUGUGGCUUCAUCGUCGUUUCCUCUCCUUGUCUUGGAUAAGGCAUUUCACAACUAAUCUUGGUGACACAUCUAACUACCGUGUAUGUAAAUCCAGCGUAAAUGCUGACAUUGGUAUCUUUAUGGAUAAUGAGUUGCAUCUCGCAAAUUCCUGCUCAACAAUACCCGAUAAUGAGUUUGAGGAUUUUCAAGCACAGGCAAUAUAUUGCGCAACUUACAUAUUAUGGCUGACAAAGGUACAAAUCUCCGAUUCCCAGGGAAUUGAGCUCCAAGAAAAGCCAAAUCUUGGAAGCCUGAAGACCGUGCUGAAUAUGGCAUGUCCUGAAAGAUCAUUUCUUUCGGACAUCUCAACAGGGAUAACUGGGAAGUGUGACGAGGGUUUGAAGGAGAACAGAUAUCAACUUCGAUAGAUAAAUCUGUUAUACAGUGUUUGGACCAUAUUCUUUCUACGUUGCCCAGAUGGUAACUGUUGUAUGCUCGAGUUGGGACUUGAAUCCAGUGUUCUAAUCCUUUUUGCUUCACGAGUCUACUGGCGUGAAGCAUGUGAAUCCUCAAGUCUUGAACUGUAGUCUGUGUUCUGUCUUCUCGACCUAGCAACUCCAGGGAAAAACUGAAUUAUUAUAGGCCGGCACGCUAUAUAAAAUGCGGGAGUGCAAAACCCAGCCAGAUUGCCAACUA